AUUUUAUUGUAUUGUACGGAGUAAACCAGCCUUGAACACGCAGUUUGACUGCAUAUUGCCGUUGUCUGAUAUUCCUGCCUCCUGAAAAUGGUGACGUUUAGUUUGGAUGACCGUUUGCUCGCUGCUUUCCUUUUCUAUGGCUCUAUUCUUCUGCUUAAAAUGCUGUUGAUGUCUUUUAUCACUGCCUUUCACCGCAUAAAGAACAAGGUUUGGAGUUUUUUUAAACAAUUUUUCUGCUUCGUGACCUGAUAGUCUUUAGGUUCAUGAUGGCGGGUAGUUUGCACUUAGGUUACGAUUUACUUUGUACUUUAUUGGUUCUUUGCGGUGACUUUUUAAAAAUCUAGAAAAAGAGUAGCUUGUGCUCAUCAAGAAGUAAUAAAGGUUCGAACGGUUGACCGAUCUUAAUGCUUUCGCCACGGAUACGAAUAAAUAAAAUGCAAGUAGCACUUGUAACAUCAACAACUUAAUGGCCGUUUCAGUUAAGCUAAAGACGCAUUAUCCGUCUGGACUAACUUGAAUAAAUAAUUUGUGGACGCGUCUGGUUAUGCAUCUUUAGAAAAACGAAGAGUCACAAGACUCGUUAUGCGUUCAGACGAACCUUUCGAAGACUACUCUUGGGUCGUUUAAGUCUUUAUACUUGAGAAGCAAGUUAAUUAGCGUCCUCUACGGCCUAUAUGAGCUUGAGAUGUCACUAGUGUGAAUACAACUUGGAAAUGAACGGCCCUGAAUCAUGAUCAAUCCAACAGAGAAUCAGAGAGAAUUGGAGAAAAAUUUUUGUUAAUACUUCAUGGACCUUCGAGCUUCUCUCAAUCGUUGCAUUGACACGGAAACAAAAAGGACUGUACCGACGGGGGACUCAUUUAGGGACUGAAUGUGGACUGAAAAACGGCAUACAUAUUUUUAAAAUAUAUAUCUUUAUAGGGUAAUUUUUCUGCAUAGCCCCAUACAUGCAGCAAUCCGCUUGACAAUGGUCCGUUGUAUUAUGAAUGCAUAAUAACUGUAGGAGGCUACGCGUACUCAGUGAAACUCUUGACAGUUUAUAACGGUCUAAGAAUUAAAUGAUUGAAUGAUGUGGAACUUCAAAUUGUUUCAGACUUUUAGAAGUUUGUGCAGUAGUUUGCAUUGUAUCAGUUCCAUGCACACAACUGUUUACUGGCAUCUAUUAAAAUUGCCCUAAAAGAAACAAAGCUUAUCGAGAGGGCUUUCUAUUCACAGAAUUUACAUGCAGUGAGGUCCAUCGACUCUGGUAAUCUGUCUGCUUGAUAAAUGUGUAAACUAAUUGCAUCACUGAUCACCAUUUGCAUAUGUGCACAGGCAUUUCCAAGUCCAGAGGAUUAUAGAGUCAAGAAAGAUGGCGAUAAGGACAAGAGCAAAGAAGUAAUAAUACGAAAAAAUGAUGAUGUGGAGAGGGUUCGACGGUAUGUUGAACUGUCAUCAGGAAUUUGGCAUUUUAUGGUCAGAUUUGGUUGUUUUAUUCUUAAAGGUUUAUUCUUAAAGAUUCUUGCGGAAAUGGCUGGGUACCGCCCGGCUUAUCUAAUACCGGGAUUACAGUGCGGUUUGUUUGCAUAAAUUACUAUGCCUUGCCACGAUUUGUUAUGUCGUAUUUCCAUUUCUGUUGCUCACUGUUCGGAUAUCUUUAUUUUCGAAAUACUCCUCUCAGUGCAGACUUGAGCUGAUGGAUACUAAAUGUAUUCUGAUGUUUACAGUCCUAACAGUUGAAAAGUAGUGUUAUUGAUAUACUCACUGAAAAGCUAUAACGUAAAUUUUCAUGCGCAAAUGAGUUCUAGCCAAUCAGAGGAGUGAACGAUAUUUCUCACUCGUGAAAAAAACGUUACUUCGAAUCAGAAUCGCGAACAAUCGUAAUGAUACGUCCAAUCAAAAGCCACAGAGGUGUGUGAGUUUCGCGCCAAAAAUCCCGCCUUUUACAGGCGCUUGCAGCUUGCAGCGCCCUCGCUUUCUCGUUCGAUUUCUGAUACGUCAACAACUCGUGCGUAGUUACCGUACGUAGUCCACGUAAGCACUUUCCUUGAAGUAUUCUAUAUUCAGGUUAUGUUCACACCGAUAGAGGAUAGCCCUUCGUGUCGGCACGAAAGCUGUCCUCUAUAUAGUGUGAACGCCCCCGAUAUGUAACUCCCCUUUCAUAGAGAUCGGAGCGGCGCAUCUUCGCUCCGUUAUAGAAAUUGCUCCGAAAAUCAAAUCAUCGUUCUUGUGUGUGAACACAAGCUAGCCCCCUCGAUGCGGUAUGGUUUUCGUGCCGGCGCAAAAGUUAUCCUGUUUAGUGUCAACGAAGCCUCAGGCCCCGUUCACUGAAGCACGUCGCAUUUCACAUGUACCGAAUUUACUGCUAACGAGGAAAAUCUCUUGUUCUUGCUCAUGCGGUACAUGUGAAAUGCGACGUUUGAACUAAGAUUCUUAUGGUUUGCUUUAUUAUUUAUUCAUUUUUCAGAGCCCAUCUAAAUGACCUGGAGAACAUCCCGAUCUUUCUGAUCAUUGCCUUAAUGUUCAUGUUGGCCAACCUGUCUCCUACCCGCGGAAUCUGGUGUCUGCGAAUUUUUACAGCAGCGAGGAUCCUUCACACCAUAGUAUAUCUCAAUGCCAUCCUCAUACCACGGGUCUUGUGCUUUGUAACCGGUUCAGUUUGUAUUGUUGUCCUGGGUUUUAGUGUCCUUCUAUCUGUUGCUCGUGCUGGUGUAUCUUAAUAGGUUGCAAUAAAUGAAGGUCAAGCACCACAGUUAAAGAAAACGGCCGAUUCCUGUUUUCCGCCGAUAAUCAUCGACUUUGCUAAUGGAAACUCAGCUCUCAGAUGAAAUAAAAUUCAUGUUAAGUGUUCACCAAUAGUCCACUCUCUUUAAUCCGAGCCUGCCUUUUUAAACUCACUUUCAUCCGAAUUCCUUAUAUGCAACAUGAAAUAAAAAAUUAUAAUUAUUGAA